AUGAAUAGACUUGCACUGAGCUCAGUAUAUGGCUCUUCAACUGCAACUGUUUCUGCGUACAACGAGAAAACGGGAGAGCUCUUCGUGGGCGUGGAUCGAGUCAUAAAAAAGACAAAGAUAAGGAGUGGGUUAGCGACUGUGCUAAAGCUAGAGACAGAGAGACAGAUUAAAAGCAUCUCGAUUGACAAAGACCUUCUUCUGGCGCUUGAUGUAGAGGGAAGAGUAUACUUAUACAACCUAGCGUACAACGUAGAAAUAGGAAGGAUGCUUAAUAAGGAGUGUCACACUGCGUGCGUGCUAAACGGGAAGAUUCACCUUGAGUUUAUGGGAUACUUGCAAGUGUGGGUGGUUGAGGAGAACGGCUUCUUCACAUUUAGAAAAGAGAAGCACAUAACAGGCCACCAAGACAAUAUAAUUCUAAUGGAAAGAACAGAGGAAGGCCUUUUGACAGGAUCCAAGGACGGAGUACUGCGGCUGUUCUCCUCAGAAGACAGCUCUUCCGAGACAGUAGCAAGAAACAAAUCGCACCCUCUGUGUGCACGCAAAGUGGGCCAGGAGAUAUCUGCAGUCUGGGCAUCAGGAGAAAUAACCAAACUUAUCCAAGUGGAAGAUGCAUGGACACCAAUCCAGAAGAAGUAUACAAUGCACAACCUGCUGGAUGCAGCAAUUUCAACAUACGGGGAUAUGGCAGUUCUUCUGGACACAAGCCACAAUGUAUUACUGUACAGCACAACAGGCGACACAAAAGAGCCUAUCCAGAAGAUCUUUGUGUCUGAUGGGAUAAAGCACGUGCAGUUUGUGGAGGAAGAUGAGUGGAUUAUUCUGUCAGGAAAUGGCUCAGUUAUCUGGGAGUGGAAAACAAACACACUUUUGUUUAACGAGCAGGCAUCUUCAGGACAAACAGUAGCCCGGGAUAUUGAAGGAUCUGUUGUCUCUGGAACUGUAUCCGGAGAUGUUUUCAUGUGGGACAAAGGGUCUUCUCUUUGCCUGAAAAAAAUAGCAGCCCACAGCUCUGCAGUCUCUGCCAUUAUUCCAACUGAAAGAGGAUUCAUCUCUGUCUCUGCAAAUGGAGAGUGCAAGGUCCAUAAGGCAACUGGCACAGUUAUUAAGCAGAUAUCAGCAGAGAUUCCUUUGCUUGUGGCAGAUGCGGAUGAAGAUAUCUUGGCAGUGGCAGGACCUGGGAAAAUGCACACAUACGACAUAAAAAGAAGCAAGCUCAUACAGGAGUACGACAUAGAUAUGCCGCUUGCAAUUAAAAUGAUGCAAAACGGGGUUCUCCUGAUCUCCAUGCAAGGAAUCACAACGUACUCACCAGACUCUGUCUCUGGGAAGGACGGACCAGAGCAGUUUGUGAACGCAUCUAUCUCAGAGACAAAGGACGGGCUAAAGAUAUCCUGCCUGGGCGAGAGCGGCAUGGUAUACACGUACAACCAUGAGAUGGAAGAGCUUGUGGAGUACAGAGCCCUGCCAAAGUACACAAAUGGCAUGGGAAAGAACACUCCACUGGGCAUGGUUCACACAGAAAAUGCAGAGUUAAUUAUAACGUACAAGACAGCCAGGCCAGACAAAGUAUCCACAUUCCGUGAAACCAUCUUUGCAUCUAUGUUCUAUAAUGGACAGGAAAUAGACAAGUGGAAGGUGGCAGAGCACGCCCUUAGCUCUUCAGGCUAUCUGUUCACGCAGGUUUCUGCAUUCGGCGCACUAAUUGGAAUAUGCACAGAGUCAGGGCUAUAUCUAUUCUCAUCCGCUGAGACAGGCAUGAACUCUCUUGGUGCAUGGCAGAAGGAAACCCCUCAAGAAGUCUCCCAGCAAAUUGAAAAGGGCGAUGUUCUUUCCGGGCUAAUAGGGGCCAUUGCCCUGCAGAGCCCAUCCCUUGUGCACAUGGCUCUUUCAUCUGGUGAUCCAGUUGUGCUUGCAAAGUAUCUUCCGUCUGAACUGGCUCUUCAGUCAGUUUCUGUUGUGCUCUCUGCCAUGUCAAAUGGUCUUGUUGAAAGGGCACUUAUGUUCCUUGAAGAAAUACUUAAGAAAAUACCUGUGAGUAGCGUACUUAGAAGACAGAUAAUUCUGAUCCUUUCUUCCGUAAUUAAUACUUCCCAUGAAACCACAGGAUACGCAGAUGCACUUGUGACCUUCCCACAUCUUGCACUCAAAGAAAUAGAAGAAUAA